GCUCCCAUCUACUACAAGACAGAAAUAUGAGUUUCUAAUUUCGUAUGUUUUUCUUUCUUGUUUUCAUGCCAUUCUCCUUGCAGAACCCACACCUACUGAAAAUGCAUUAAUCACUCACUUUGAAAUGAGAAAAAUGCUGGAAACCGCUCUUUAACAAAUGGAACUCAACAAGAGCUUAAGAAACUCUCUGGAUCACAAGAUUCACACACAGCACCUACUUUGUUGUAAUGUAGGCUCACUCAUUUUAGUCAUUUAUUACAUACAUCAAUCCAAGAAUCCUUGAAUCAACUACAGGAUGUAGUCAAGAUUAUGGUGGAAGCCAACAAGAAGCAAGUCUUCAAAUAGCGGGAUCAUGAAUGUUUUUGGAAUGGGAAAAGAGGGUAGCGUUUAGCUGUUUUGGAUCCGUGACAGCUCUCAAAUCUCAAUGGAGAACCGGAAGGCUCCGUGAGUGUGAAAGCAGUUGGAACGGGUCCGUCUCAUUGCGCCGAGUAUCAGGAAGAUGCGACGACCGAAGCAAAUGGACAGUUCCGUAUCCGCGGUCUGCUGCCUGGUUGCGAGUAUACCGUACGGAUGAAGACUGGCAACGGUUUCAACAAAAACGUGGAACGCACAUUGCCCCUGAGCACAAGCAUUAAAGUAGAAAACAACGAUUUGUCCGGUCUGCGCUUUUCCGUUAUCAAGGCCGUCAACCUGGCGGAUGUCAUGAUCACGGUGGACAUACUCGAACCGGAGCAUUUAAGGACGAUCAAGUUGAAUUUGUUUCGUGAAGAUCAACCAGGAGUGGUUCUGCAAAGUCUCAAGCUGGACAACUCGCCUCUCGUCAUUUUGCCCGUCUUGCCCAUGGAUGGUCGUAAAUACUUCAUCCAGCUGGAAUCCAAUUUAGACCGUCACAAUUACGACUACCAAAUCCCUGAGCUCUCGUUUACUGCAAAUACUUCCAUUCAGCACCUUUCUCUCCGCUUCCAUCCGAGGAGGAAGACGGUCGAUGCCUCCGAAACAACUCAAGUGUCCAUCCGAGGCGUCCUGGUGGCUUUGCUUGUUGGCCUGGCCGUCUACUAUCGCGAAUCACUCGGCCCGCUUCUCAAUCGAGCUUUGGCCAUGGUGAAUAACGCCCUGAAACCCAGCCGAGGUGGAUUCGCCUUUGGUUCCGGUAUGUCUGGAGUGCCAGUUUCGUCGGGUCAUCCCAACAAUCCCGUCUUUAGCGAGCAGGAGCUCGCUCUCAUGGACGAGGGCAACUCUGUUGUGAAGAAAAGAGUCAAACCGAGAAGAGCUCAGUAAAAUACGUCAGUUCGCACAAUCAAUAUAUGACGUGUGAAAGAAUGUUCAUUCAAAGCACAACAGAUUUUUUGUUAGAAUUUUUUUCCCUUCUUAUUUUGUGAAUGUGUGGUUGUUGUUCGUGCUA